AUGAUGGAGUCUGGGGAGAGCGUGUAUGCGCUCAUUCCCCCGGCCGUGGAAACGAAGCAAAGGCCGCCCAUUUACCGGUCUCUCCAGCCCGGCGAGGUCGAUCCCAGCCAGUUUGAGAUGGGCUGCGGCACCGUAAAGAAGGCCGCCACCUUCGGGCCCCCCCGGGGGACGCUCAAACCGAGCACCAACACGUACUUGCGCAAGCACAGCAAGGAGCCGGCGCUUCCCGACCCGGGCCCUCUCAGUCAGACCAAGGCGAAGCUCAAGCCGGAUCUGCCCAAAGACCGGCCGAUUAUGGGCCUCGUCAGCGCCAAAAAUUUCGUUACUGCAAACGCCAUCGAAAACAUCCUUGCUUCUCCGAAGAAGCUCAAGGACGCGCCGCCACUGGCCACCCAGAAAAAGGACUACGGAAAGGUGCCCGGAUACUUGACCAAGGUCAAGGACCAGGUUAAGCGGGAGAAGGAGCACAUCGAGCACUUAACCCAAAAGAUGAUGCACGACGGCGCGUCCGAUGGCAUCCGGCACAUGUCGGAGGAGGAGCGGCAGGAGCUGAUCGUGGGGCUUAAGCAGAAGUGGCAGCGCAUCAACGAGGCGUACCAAAAGAUGUCCUUUACGCUCGACACGGGGACCAAGAAAGCCAAGAAGGAGCAGUAUGAAGCGGAGCUGGCCCAGAUCGAGAAGGACAUUGAGACGCUGUCCCGACGGGUCGUGCUGGUAGCGGAGGAGCCCACAACUAGGAUGGAGUCGCUCCGGCUCCGAUAG